AGAAGCGCUCCCCUCUCUCUCUCACACACACACACACACACACACACACACACGUGUGAAUCAGGCGUACUCCUGUCCUUGGAUUUGGAAUCUAGAGCUCGCUGUACAGCCUGUAGCUGUUGGCCAUGAGUCAGUCGGCGGGGGAGAGGGGGGGAGCGGGCGGCGGCGGCUCCAACUCGGGCUCCCAGUACGCCCUGUGUGCCCUGGGCGUGGGUCUGGUGGCGCUGGGCAUCGUGAUGAUCGUGUGGAGCGUGGUGCCCGUGGACUCCACCAACAACAGCAGCCGCCCGGGGCAGGACAUGCAGGGCAAGACGUCCUCGGUGGCGUUCGUGCUGGUGGGCGCCGGCGUCACCAUGCUGCUGCUGUCGCUCUGCCUGGGCGUCCGAAACAAGCGCCGCAGGGAGGACGCGCAGACGCAGGGGCCGCAGGGCACCUACAAUACACAGCUGUCUGUGGAGGACACCGCAGACGUUCUAGAGGAGCGCUUCACCGUGCCCAGCUAUGAGGAGGUGGUUGGCAGCGCCCCGUACCCCGCGGCCGCUCAGGCUUGCGCUCGGAACAACAGCACCACCCACCUCCCUUCCUACGAGGACGUCUUCGAGGGGGGGGAACACGUGGUGGUGGUGGACGCCCCCUUGCCCCCGGAGCAGCCCCUCCCCGGCGCCGCCGCAGCGCCCACAGCGACCACGGGGGGGCGCUGGAACGGACGCGCCGCGCGCAAGCUCCUCCCACUCAAGAUCCGGCGAAUCAAAUCGGAGAAGCUGCGUGCGAAGAGUGCGUCGAGCUCCCCCCAGCCCAUGGCCGUCUUCAGCAUCGAGCCCCUCACCCCCCCGCCUCAGUACGACGACAAGACCCCCCCGCUCUGAUGCCCAUGCACUGCAUGCUGGGAGUCGGCACAAGACGGAGCUGUCACUCAUCUCACUGCGGGAGCCCUCCCUGGCCUGCCAUUGGCUGUCACUGAGCUGUCACUCAUCUCACCCCGGACUGCCCAUUGGGACCACCAACAGAAGAGGGCGUGACUUAAGGAUCUGCUGCCAUCAUGGAGGUUCACUUAUGAAGUUUUACAGAAUAACACACACACACACACACACACACACACAUUGACUGGCCUGUAUUCCGGAGACAAAAGGACAUAGAAACAGGGUCCUUUUAAGACUUAUCGCCUAUGUGUGUGUGGGCAAGGUGCUUGGGACUGAGAUUCUGUAAGACUGUGUGUGUGUGUGUGUGUGUGUGUGUGUGUGGAGGCUCAUGACUUCAGCCAUCAUGAGUCAUUAAUUCAGUUGCAUCACUGAGACUACAGUGGGGGGUAGGGGAGUCCCAGAUAGUUGGUGGUCCAGUCGGGUUGUCGUGGUGACGGGGAUAGAGUCUUUUGGUUGGCUGAGCUCACACUGGGGGUCUGUCACACGCCAGCUGCAAUAUUCCCUCAGCACAGACCCCUACACACACACACACACACACACACACACACACACACACACA